AUGAGUUUUCCUUCAGCGAGCGCAGUCCAUGCCUUGAAAGUCGCAGGCGAAACGGUAAAAAACCUAGACGAAAUGAAGCUAAUCGCAAGAGCAGGCAUCUCCUGCUGCUUCUUAAACGGGAGAGGCUUCAAAAGCGUGCACGAAGUUGGCGUCUCCCUCAUAUACGUGUACAUUCUCCUGGUUCUUAAGGGCAUAGCACAAACCAGGCACAUUUUCAUACGAGUGGCCGUUUCCUUUGUUUUUAUGGUCCUCCUGCACCUGGCCCUGCAAGUGCGAAAAACACCUCUCUCGCACGUUCUCUCCUGCAUCUUCUGCAUUGCAGACUUCUUCAGCGCCAUCGACCUCUCAGGGUCUGCGUCUAUUCCGUAUCUCUUCGGAGUGAGCGUCUUCAGCCUGGGGAUACUCUUUGUGCUCUACGUUGACGGAAGAAGCAGGCCCGGGCUGAGGCCUUGCAUGCUGAAAGACUGCUCUCUGGCCGUAUACUUCCUCAUGAAGAACUCGGGCGUCUCCGGAUGCGCAGUCCUCACGGGGGCAGUUAUCCUUGGGAUUGUUUCCCUCACGGGCCUGGACAUUUUCUGGGAGUGCUCGAAAUCAGGCACGAAAGGGAGGAAAACGGGCGCAAAAGGGAAGAAAACAGCCACGAAGAAGCCCAGCACGGGCGCAAAGAAGGAGAAAAAGGCCAGCCCAAAGCGCGGGAAGGACUCAGGCGAUCUGAAGUCUGAGAAGGAGCAGUCCGAUAAAGAGGCAAGUUCAAGCCCUUCGGGCUCUUCCAGUUCGAGCUCAGGUUCCUCGUCAGGUUCUUCUUCCAGUUCAUCAGGCUCUUCUUCCAGUUCGGCAGGUUCCUCAUCAGGUUCUUCGAAAGAGGCAAGCUCGGAUGGCAGUGGGAGAACCAGGCCCGUGCGAGCAGCUGCAAAGGAGGCUCGAAUGAAAAGCGCCAAGAAGUGA